AUGCUUCGAAAAAACAGUGAAGAUGCACAUUAUUGUGCUGCACUUUUCUGCUAUCUUAGAGAAUUCUGUAUCCAGUACCGUCAAUGGGCCUGUUUGAUUUCUGCUGAUGAUAAGCACAAAAUUCCUAUAGGCGAAGAUGUUGCAGUUUCUACCGGUAUACGAAAUCGACAUUCUAUAGUUGCACAAGAGAGCAAUUUGGUUGCUGCUGAUCAUGAUUUUGCAAAACUAUCUUUAACACUAUCG